AUGCUCUCGUCAAGCCCACCUUGCGAACCCGGAACGGAUGAUUUGGCAGAACUGUAUGGUAUAGCGCCAAACACCAUCGCCAGUACUGCGCCAACCACCUUCUCCGACGAUCUCGAAGCAUUGAAUGAAGUUGCGGUCGAAUCGAAACGCGCCAAAACCGCCGCCGGCAUCGUCGUCCAACACCGCAGCUGGAAGAUCUCCGACGUCUUCCACAGCGACGCACAGGAAGCAGCUGGCUCGUCGCCCGUUCGCAUCCCCACCAUGGCGUCCUCACCACCCCUCACCCCGUCUCCGAUCAAGAAACGCAAAUUCGGCCAGUUGGACCUGGGCAACUCCGCAUUGACGCGUCCGGCCAAAGCUCAACGAUCAUUCUUUGGCAUCGACAUCCACCGCCUGCUGGAAGAUGCUCAGGCGGAGGAAACAUUGCCAAAGCCCAUCCAAGAAUUGCCAACCCCUCCGUCAGAGCCAGUAUCGAAGAAGUCCACGCUACUCUGGACGGAGAAGUACCGAGCGAAGAAGUUUACCGAUCUGAUCGGAGACGAGCGUACACACCGAGCGGUCAUGCACUGGCUGAAGCGCUGGGACCAGAUCGUCUUUCCCGGGUCGUAUCGCCCCAAGGCGAAAUCAAAGGGAGCUGGCGAUGCUGUGUUUGAGGAAAAGCCGCUCCGCAAGAUCCUCAUGCUCACUGGACCCCCCGGACUCGGAAAGACAACUUUAGCUCAUGUCUGUGCCAAACAGGCGGGCUACGAGGUCCAGGAAAUCAACGCCAGUGACGAGCGGAGCAGCACUGUUGUCAAGACUCGCAUCCGGGACAUGGUUGGGACUGAGAAUGUGAAGGGCAUUGAUACAAAGACUGCCAGCGGCCACACAAGAAAAGCUGGCAAGCCUGUCUGCGUUAUAGUAGACGAGGUGGACGGAGUAGUUGGUGGUAGUGGUGCAAGUGGUGAGGGCGGCUUUGUCAAGGCUCUAAUCGAUCUCAUCAUGCUUGACCAAAAGAAUUCAUCAGGUGCCUUGAGUUCAUUACAACAAGGUCCCGCCAGGAAGAAGAAGGGAGAACGCUUCAGGAUGCUACGACCACUCAUCUUGGUAUGCAAUGAUGUGUACCAUCCGUCGCUCCGACCAUUGCGACAAAGCUCGGUUGCAGAAGUGAUCCGGGUGGGAAAGCCCGCAGUGCAGAACAUGAUCACUCGCUUGCACAACAUAUUCCAGAAGGAAGGUGUGCCGUGCGAGACUGACGGCGUGCGAAGACUUUGUGAAGCUGCGUGGGGAGUGAGCAACCGCAAAGAGGACAAACAUGGAAGUGGUACAGGUGAGGGAGAUAUGCGAGGAAUAAUGGUGGUUGGGGAGUGGGUGGCAGGAAAGCUACGAGCUUCCAAUGAGAUUAAUGUGCGCCUCACACGAAAGUGGGUUGAAGAUCAUGUCAUACGAGAUCUCGCCCAUGACGGUGGAGCAGCGAGAGGAUUGGGCCGAGGCGGACCAAAGGAAAUCGUGGAGAGAGUCUUUAAAGAAGGCGCAGGAUUCCCCAAACAAUCGAACCUGGUCACUCCUCAGCAAAAAAAUGGUGGCAACACUGGUGUCAAGGGUGUUGCGGAGGGCAUACGACGAACGGCGACUCAGCGGCUGCGAGAGCUAGUCGACACGUUAGGAGACACAGACCGGAUCAUGGGAGACUGUUUCGCCUCAUAUCCAGAGCAUCCCUUUCAAGACGACACUUUCCUCUCCAAACCGGAUGCAGCAUAUGAAUGGUUGAACUUCCACGAUCAGCUGUCAAGUGUCGUCUUCAGCAGCAACGAGUGGGAGCUUGCGCCAUAUCUCAGCACACCAGUGCUUGCGUUUCACCAUCUCUUUGCCUCUCCUACACGAUCGCAAUAUGUUGCACCGGUUGACAAUGAGGAUGACGCAACACCCGUCCAUCCAUUAGCUGGCCCCGGAGCUUCUUGGGCCGCACACGAGGCAGAGAAACAGAACACCGCACACAUGCAAACGUUACAGUCAGCACUUUCGCUCCCUCUCACACGCCUUUUCAGCUCAACGGCCAACAUGGCGACCGAUCUCCAACCAUAUCUCUUCCGGAUAUUGACACCGAACAUCAACCCGGUGGUUGUCGGUGGCAAUGACAAGGAGAAAGGCACUGCAUCUGUCCGCAAAGCUUCAGAACAGGCACUUGUGAAGCGCGCUGUCAAUGCGAUGGGUGCCAGUGGCGUUCGCUUCGAUCGAGUCCGAGUGAGUGACGACUCUGGCUCAUUGUAUGGUGCGCCUCAAUGGAUCUACAGGAUGGAACCACCGCUCGAUACCCUUUGUACUUUCGAGACCGGUGGACCUGGCUUUGGUGACAGCAGUGGCAAGACGCGGUACGCUGUUCGACAGGUUCUUGAGCAGGAAUGGAAGAAGGAAGAAGCUCGAAUAGCUGAAGAGUCUCGUUUAGCUCGAUUCGGAGUCUCUUCACUGGUCCCUGUUGCACCUUCUUCAAAACGUGGAGUUCUGACUGACGAGGAGAUGCUUAAAAGGAGCAUUGCGAGAGAUUUCUUUGGCCGGCCCAUCGCUGCACUUGCGCCUGAAGCUCAGAAGACGAAGGAUGCCGAGGAUAAGGAAAAGCAGGGGCCUAGCGUAUGGAUCGCGUUUCAUGAAGGAUAUUCGAAUGCUGUGCGUAAGCCUAUUACUUUGGCAGAGUUCAUGAAAGAUCUGUAG